CACAUAGCGUCUGAAGAAAAAAGGAGAAGAAACCAGUUACUUCCCAAAAAGUUGACAUCAGGUUUCCCCCUGGACGACCAACUGCAGCUGUCAUUGAGUCACUGUGUCGCAACCAGAAGAUUCGUCCCCUCUACAGCAACAAGUGCCUGCCAAAUAUAGGCUAUGAAUGGCUGGCUCGUCAGGCCAAGACCAUUAAUCGCAUGGAGAAGGGAUUCAAACAGUGUUGCAAAAAGAGGCAGGAUGUGCUUGUUUGUGCUGAACAAAAGUGGCGUGAGGAGCUGAACAAGUUUUGCUUGCAUAAGAACAGUGAUGAGACCAGCUCUCGCUGUUGUUUGGACAAUGGAGAAAAUGAUCGAUAUGACUGUUUCCAAAACAUAUCUCCCGACCCACAUUACAACAUGACUUCAGCCACUGAAGAGCUCUCGCUUAACAAAAUGUGUGACACGCACAAGAUCAUCAAGAAGAAAUUCCCUGUUGGUUUUCCACUAAAAAACUUUGUGGACAAAUGCUGCCCCCUAUCGCCACAAGACCAGACUGAUUGUUUUGGACAAAGGGUGAGUAAAAAAAUCAGUCAAAACUCCCACUGGCACUGGGCUAUUCGGUUUAAUGGCACACCAAUUCCACUAAAGUGUGGACCAAAUUCUAGUUUCAUCUACUCUCAGUGAUAUUUUUUAUAUUUACAUCCGGGAUCACUUGAGAAGCAUUGCCAUCACAAGAGUGCAUUCAUAAAGAUAUUGUUUAAUGCUUAGUUGAUUAACCAGACUGUUGUCUGUGUCACUGUACCACUAUUUUUAUAGGCUGCUUUUUGCAUAUUUGAUUAUGAAUGUAUUUUCUUUAUUCCUUUGGAAGCUGCAAGGUCGGCUGUCCUCUUUAUAUGAUUUUGUGGUUAAGAUCAAAUCUAUAACAGUUCUAAUAAAAACAUUUUUAAAAUGUAA